CAUUUGGAGUGUUUAGAGGUAGUAGAGACACACACUCAAUUAAUCAAUCAAUCAAAGUUUAUUUGUACAGCACUAUAAAUGCAACAAUGUUGCCCAGAGUGCUUAACAUAAAAAAUGAAAAAUACAAUAAAAUGACAACAGUCAAUAAAAAAAACAUAAAACAAAUACAAAAAUCAAAAUCAGACAAAACGAGUCAUAAAAACAAGACCAUCCUGUCAGCCAAAGGUGUUAAAAGCUUUGGAGUAAAAAUACGUUUUCAGUAACGUUUUCAAAAUAGCAACAGAUGAUGCUUGCCUGGUGACUGGUAAUAUUAUCCAAAGAGUAGGUCCCGCCACUGAGAAAGCCCUAAAACCUCUUCUCUGUAGCCUCCCCUCAGAGACAUUCAAUCCAAGUUGGUCAGCCAACCUCAGUCCAUGAGAUGGAACAUAAUGCACGAGAAGCUCAGAUAGAUAGACAGGUGCAAGGUCAUUUAAACAUUUAUAAGCCAGAACCAAAACCUCCAAUUGCACACGGAACCUAACUGGAACCCAGUGCAGAGACGCAAGAACUGGAGUGACACGAUCCAAUCUAUAGGUGCCGGUCAAAAGACGGGCUGCAGCAUUCUGAACUUGCUGCAACCUAACAAUACACCUUUGGUUAAUGCUGUGGUAAAGGCUAUUGGCAGCACAAAAGGAUGCAAAAAGGGUGUUCUGUAUAUGAUGUUUCCUUUAAAGCUGCAAUAUGGAGUUUUCUCCUUUCAGGAAUGACGUAUGUUUUUUUUUUUAGAAAUCUGUAAAAGUGAUUGUGAUAUAAUGUAGGCAAUACAUCUAUUCUUUUUUCUUAAGCCUGCCCCCAUCCUGUCUUGUAGAGCUCCAUGCAAAAUGAACUGAGCGCUGGUCAGCGUUAACCAAUAGUGUUAGUUGGCAACAUUUCUCAUGGACAAGUAAGUCUUUAAAAUAUAAAUAAAUACAAACACAGCAUAACAUGAGCAUUAUAAUUGAAUAUUUGUCAAAUAAUGUGUUUUAGCUUGGUUUUGUGAGCUGGAGGAGGGCAUUUCUGUGCUUUUGGCCGGAGGUGAAAACCAAGGCUUGGUGUGAUACUUUUGUCAGCCACUAGAUGGCGCCAUCCAAUAAAUGAAAGUAACCAGAGUUCUACUUUAAAUAAUUAGAAAAGAAGAGCAAAACUACACUGAAAACAUUUAAUCUGAAUAAUACUAAGAUAACCAGAAUAAAACGUUAUUGUGCAAGAAGUCGGUGCCCAUAAAUGCCAAGUCUCAGAAGGAUGUGACAUGAAACAAUAUCUUUUAUUUCUUUUUAGUUUUGCUAGGGUGGAAGCAAUACACUUGCAUACUCUGUAAUAAUAAAUCUCUCUCUAAAUGGCAAAGUUAACGAAAAGAGUGUUUUUGGACUCGUGUUUUCACAAGAGUAAGAAAUCCCAGCCUGUCACCAUGCAACUCCCCCUACCUCACCUUAUGGCUCCACAGAGAAAAGAAAAUAGCUGUUCCUUUAAUAUUAAUAAGCUGCUCCAAAAUAAUAAAUACCAGAUCAAGCUUCUCAUUUGCAUACAUGACAUGCAGAGAGACUGCAGGCAGCAUGACGUCCACACAGCGGUGGCCAGAGCAAGGUUGUGCCCUUUUACAGCUGCUGUUAUUGGUUUCUUCUUCUCAGUCUGAAGACAAAACAUGCAGGCGGAGAGGAGAUCCUGAGAUCCCUCAGCUGUCUAAGGAAGGAGAUGUCAUGUUGGGGGGAAUCUUUUCUUUUCACAGCAGCUGGAUGAACAAACAGAAUCCUUACACAGAAAAGCCAUUGCCACUGGAAUGUAUCAGUUUGAAUUUCAGAGAGUUCCAGUUCGCCCAGGCUAUGCUUUUUGCUAUUGAGGAGAUCAACAACAGCACAGAGCUACUUCCUGGUGUUUCUCUGGGAUAUCAUAUUUAUGAUUCUUGUGGUUCAAUUGCCAGAAGUGUGAAAGUUGCUCUUGAUUUAACCAACGGUAACGACAAUGUGUCUUCCAUCUCCGAGGGGCCGUGUACCAGACCUGUUCAAGUACAGGCUCUAAUGGGAGAAACUUCUUCCUCCCCCAGUACAGCAAUAGCCACUGUUAUUGGACCGUUUCAUAUCCCACUGAUCAGUCACUUUGCUACAUGUGCCUGUCUCAGUGAUGAAUCCAAGUACCCGUCAUUUCUCAGAACCGUACCCAGUGACUACUAUCAGAGCAGGGCUCUGGCCCAUUUGGUGAAACACUUUGGUUGGACUUGGGUUGGAGCUGUUAGAACAAACGAUGAUUAUGGGAACAACGGCAUGGCAACAUUUACAGAAACUGCACAGCAGCUCGGCAUUUGUCUGGAAUAUUCUGUUUCUUUCUUUAGAACGGACCCAAAAGAAAAAAUACAAAAGAUUAUCGACAUUAUCAAAGCUUCAACAUCAAAUGUCAUCAUUGCUUUCCUCUCCCACAUGGACAUGGAUGUGCUUAUACGUGAAUUGUCCCCGCAUAACUUAACAGGGUACCAGUGGGUCGGCAGCGAGUCGUGGAUUUUUGAUUCACAAAUUGCAGCAAUGGAUAAGAAUCAUAUCCUAGAUGGAGCCAUAGGCCUUUCCAUCUCCAAAUCACAAGUCAGUGGUCUAAGAGAGUUCAUGCUUGACGUGAGGCCAUUAAAGUCAUCAAACAACGGUUUGUUCAGAGAGUUUUGGGAGGCGUUAUUCAGCUGCAAGUUCAAACAGUCACAAUCGGAAAAGAUACAGGGAGAAUGUACCGGACAUGAGGAUCUGACUGGAGUGGAAAACGGCUUCACUGACAUGUCACUGAUGCCCAUAUUUAAUAACGUCUAUAAAGGAGUGUAUGCAGUGGCCCACGCUCUGCACAAUAUUCUAGGUUGUAAUAAAACAUGCAUCUACCAGAAUAAACUAGAUCCAUACUUGGUUUUGCAGCACAUAAAGAUGAUUCACUUCCAAACAAGAGACGGAGAUGUAGUUUACUUCAAUAAACACGGAGAUCCAGCUGCAAAGUAUGAAAUUAUUAAUUGGCAGCCAGGAGAAAAAACUAGUGUGAACUUUGUCACGGUUGGUCUUUAUGACGCAUCGUUAACCGAAGACAAACAGCCAAAAUUUCUGAAUAAAUCACUAAUUUGGGCAGGCAAGUCAGAAAUGGUACCUGUAUCAGUUUGCAGUGAGCAGUGUCCUCCAGGAACACAGAAGCUUCUACAGAAAGGAAAACCUGUUUGCUGUCAUGAUUGUAUCAGAUGUGCAGAAGGCGAAAUGAGCAACAUCACAGACUCCAUCACUUGUGUGCGAUGCCCCCCCGAAUCCUGGUCUAAUGAGAGGAGAGACGCUUGCAUAAAAAAAGAAGCUGAAUUCUUGUCAUAUAAAGACAUUAUGGGGAUCCUCCUCACCACAGUCUCGUUAUUUGGAACAAGUCUGACGGCUGCUGUAGCUUUCAUUUUCUUCAGAUACAGGAAAACUCCUCUAGUCAGAGCAAACAACUCUGAGCUGAGCUUCCUGCUGCUCCUGUCGUUGACUCUGUGUUUCCUCUGCUCUCUGACCUUUAUUGGCCAGCCCUCGGAGUGGUCCUGCAUGCUUCGUCACACAGCUUUUGGCAUCACCUUCGUUCUGUGUCUCUCCUGUGUUCUGGGGAAAACCAUGGUGGUUUUAAUGGCCUUUAAAGCAACGUUACCUGGUGAAAAUCUGAUGAAAUGGUUUGGACCUACACAGCAAAGACUCAGUGUUCUGGGCUUUACUCUUAUACAAAUUGUCAUUUGCAUACUCUGGUUAACACUUUCUCCUCCAUUUCCAAUUAAGAACUUUAAGGAAUACAAAGAUAAAAUCAUCUUGGAGUGUGCUCUGGGCUCAGCUGUGGGCUUCUGGUCUGUACUCGGGUACAUUGGUUUCCUGGCCAUGUUGUGUUUCGUUUUUGCUUUUCUAGCUCGAAAACUGCCCGAUAACUUCAACGAAGCUAAAUUCAUCACCUUCAGCAUGUUGAUAUUCUGUACUGUAUGGAUCACUUUUAUCCCAGCGUAUGUCAGCUCUCCUGGAAAAUAUAGUGUUGCUGUAGAAAUAUUUGCUAUUCUAGCCUCUAGCUUUGGUUUACUAAUUUGUAUCUUCAUCCCCAAAUGUUACAUCAUGUUACUAAGGCCAGAAAAUAACACAAAGAAGAACAUGAUGGGUAAAAUGCCACAAAGGCCUUUUUAACAAUUGGUUAGAGAAGUUCUUAAUCUAACCAUGCUUUUAUAUCAUAUUUUAUUAAGAAGUCUUUGAGAUAACAUAUUUCUUGUC